AUGUCGUACGGUGGCGGCUACUCGCGCGGCGGCGGUGGUGGUGGUGACUCUUACCGCUCCCGCGGUGGUGACAAUGGCUACUCUGGCGGCGGUGGUGGUGGUUACGGUGGUGGCCGUGGAGGCGGCGGUGGCUACGGCGGUGGUGGUUACGGCGGUGGUGGUGGUUACGGCGGCGGCGGCGGCUUCGGCGGUGGUGCCGGUGGUGACCGCAUGUCCAACCUCGGCGCUGGCCUCAAGGUCCAAGAAUGGGAUAUCAACACUAUGCCCAAGUUUGAGAAGUCAUUCUACAAGGAGCACCCCGAUGUUUCUGCGCGCUCCGAAGAGGAUGUCAUUGCCUUCCGUAAGGAGAAGGUGAUGGCUGUCCAGGGUACCAACGUCCCCCGCCCCGUCGAGACCUUCGAUGAGGCUGGUUUCCCCGCAUACGUUCUGUCUGAGGUCAAGGCCCAGGGCUUCGAGCGUCCCACUGCUAUCCAGUCCCAGGGCUGGCCCAUGGCUCUCUCCGGUCGUGAUGUUGUCGGUAUCGCCGAGACCGGUUCCGGAAAGACUCUGAGCUACUGUCUUCCUGCUAUUGUUCACAUCAACGCCCAGCCUCUCCUUUCCCCCGGCGAUGGCCCCAUUGUCCUUGUUCUGGCUCCCACUCGUGAGUUGGCCGUUCAAAUCCAGGCCGAAAUCACCAAGUUCGGAAAGUCCUCUCGUAUUCGCAACACCUGUGUCUACGGUGGUGUCCCCAAGGGUCCUCAAAUUCGUGACCUCUCCCGUGGUGUUGAGGUUUGCAUUGCUACCCCCGGUCGUCUGAUCGAUAUGCUCGAGGCUGGCCGUACCAACCUCCGCCGUGUCACCUACCUUGUUCUUGACGAGGCUGAUCGCAUGCUUGACAUGGGUUUCGAGCCCCAGAUUCGCAAGAUCAUUGGCCAGAUUCGCCCUGACCGUCAAACUUGCAUGUGGUCCGCUACUUGGCCCAAGGAAGUUCGUCAGCUCGCCUCUGACUUCCUGAACGACUAUAUUCAAGUUAACGUUGGCUCCACUGAUCUCUCCGCCAACCACCGUAUUCACCAGAUUGUCGAGGUUGUCUCUGACUUUGAGAAGCGUGAUAAGAUGAUCAAGCAUCUUGAGAAGAUUAUGGAGGACCGCUCCAACAAGUGCCUCAUUUUCACUGGUACCAAGCGUGUCGCUGACGAGAUUACCCGCUUCCUCCGCCAAGACGGAUGGCCUGCGCUUUCCAUCCACGGUGACAAGCAGCAGAACGAGCGUGACUGGGUCUUGAACGAGUUCAAGCAGGGCAAGAGCCCCAUCAUGGUGGCCACUGAUGUGGCUUCCCGUGGUAUCGAUGUGAAAGAUAUUACUCACGUGCUGAACUACGACUACCCCAACAACUCGGAGGACUAUGUCCACCGUAUUGGUCGUACUGCUCGUGCCGGUGCCACGGGUACCGCCAUUACCUUCUUCACCACUGACAACUCCAAGCAGGCUCGCGACUUGGUCACUAUCUUGACCGAGGCCAAGCAGCAGAUUGAUCCCCGUCUUGCCGAGAUGGUUCGCUACGGUGGUGGCGGUGGUGGUCGCUGGGGUGGUGGCCGUGGCCGUGGUGGCUGGGGAGGUCGUGGUCGCGGUGGUGGUGGUGGUGGCUUCACUGCUUCCAACGCUGCUCCUGUUGGUGGCAACCGUCGCUGGUAG